CUCUUUCUUCUUAUUUCCCUUUCCAUGAAUCGUGACAGAGGCUACCCAGUCAAUUUUCCCCGGAGUUCGGUACGGAGCUCUCCAGGACCGCCACAGUUGUCUCCCCCGCCAGCGGUGGUGACUGGGAAAUCCGGGUGAAGAAGGUUUCAGAGGAAGAUAUAUUCCUGGAAAAGGACUGGGGUGAAUUCAUGGAAGCACAUGCAAUUGGAGUUUGGUACUUGGUUGUUUUCGAGUAUUUGGGGGAUUCCAUGUUCAGGGUCGUUCAGAUCUUCGACAGGACCACUCGUGCCUGCCUUCACGGCUCUGGAGAUGAACACUCCACAGACAACAACAACAACCAGCAACAACAAGAAGCAGAGGCAGAGAAGGAAGAAGAACAAACCCACCUCAUAAAUGAACCAGAGGGAGACGAGAUGGAGGCAGUGAUUAGCACUCUGGCAACCAAAGGAGCCCAUGUCAUCGAAACCAUUUCGAGCAAGACUUCAACAGCAUCAGGCAUCCUAACUUCCGAGAGUAACAGGUUGUUGGAGAUGAAUGCAAACAAGCUUCAAAAUCCUUGUUUCCUGGUUGCUAUUCACCAAUUUGACAGAGUUGUCACAUCAGGAUCGGAGGGAGAGGACGAACUGUUGGGAGAACUGUGGGAUGGCGGGAGAGGAAAGUGGAAGGUUCAGAUUUACGCCAAUUCGUCAGGGUGUGUCCAUCUGAGAAAGGGAUGGUGUGAGUUGUACAGAGACAACUCGUUGAAGGAAGGCGAUAUUUGUCUGUUUGAGUUAACUGGUGCCAAGCCUGUGGUGCUCAAAGCUUCAAUCUUCCGCGUCUCUCCACAGUGAAAAAAAAGGGAUGGAUGGAGGAGCCUCAUUAGUAUCAUACUAGUCUACUUCCAGCUUCAAGACAUGAGCCCCCUUUUGUGUAGGAUCUUAGUUACAUUAUAGUUUUCUGCGCCUAAUCCAUGUAUGAUUAUGCAGCAAUGAACCACGGUCUAGUUUCAUACUUUCAGUGUUCUAUUUCUGCUGUUUUUGCUUGUGUUCAUCCUGGCUGUUUGAGACUCGGACUGAAUGAAUUACUUAAUGAGCCUUUUGCUCAUUGGCCCAUAGUCAGUUGAGAUGAAGUGGUCUCAAGUACCUCGUUUCACUUUGGGAUAGUUGAUGGAAGC